AUGGGCAGCGGCGGCUCCUCGGGGCGCGGGGUCCCGGUGGCGGCCGCCGAGGGCCCCGACGGCGUCGAGCAGCGGCUGGAGGUGCGGGGCCGGCAGAUCCCGGCCGAGCUGUGGGCUCAGCAGGGGCUGCGGAAGCUCUACCUGAGCGACGCGGGGCUGCGGGAGGUCCCGGACGAGCUGGCGGAGCUGCAGCACCUUCGGACCCUCGCCCUGGACGGCAACGAGCUGAUGGAGCUGCCCGAGGCCGUGUGCGACCUGCCCCACCUGGCGUACCUGUACCUGGGCCGCAACGGGCUGCAGGGGCUGCCGCCCUCCUUCGCCCAGCUCCAGAGCCUGCGCUGCCUCUGGAUCGAGGGAAACUUCUUGGCGCACUUCCCCCGCGCCCUCCUGCAGCUGCCGGAGCUGCGCAGCCUCCAGCUGGGAGACAACCGGCUGUGCCGGCUGCCCGCGGCGCUGUCCCGCAUGGCCAGCCUGCGGGGGCUCUGGCUCUACGGGAACCGCUUCCAGGAGUUCCCGUCCGUGCUGCUGCGUAUGGAUCACAUCCGCGUCCUCGACCUGGAUCGCAACCGCAUCGCCAGCUUCCCGGAUCUCAGCGGCCUCGCCUCCCUGCGCCUCCUGUCCUACGACCACAAUCCCGUCCGGCAGCCGCCCUGCGUCGGGGAUGAAGUGCAGCUGGUGGGCGACGGGGCGCAGGAAUACAUGGAAGAGCGGCAGGAGCGGCUGCAGAGCCUGCAGCAACAGGAGGAGGAGCCGGAGGGCACCGAGGUCGCCCCGGUAUCCCCGGAGGAUGGGCCGGAGGAUGGGGAGGGGGAAUUUGCAGCCCUGACGGGAUCUCCUGAGGAAACGUGA